AUGUUCUUGUAUACAUUGCCUACAGCAUCGCAAAUGAAGUUCAACCUAGAACCCUCAAAUUGGCAUGUGGCAAAUGCUGUUGUUGACUUUCUCGCUGUGUAUAACUGGAAUUCGAUUUGUUUCUUCUAUAACAGGGAUGAUCCAUCCAGCUUAAGUUUACUAAAGGAUUUACAGGAAUUAGAAAUAUCGCGAUCAAAGCCCGAUAGUGCCAAUUUCUUUGAGUUUGUACUUAUUACUAUUAAUAUAUAG